AUGUCGCCCACAGGUGCCGACACAAUUCGCAUUCUUGUCUCAACAGACAACCAUGUUGGAUACAAUGAACGUGACCCUGUACGGGGCGAUGACAGCUGGAAAAGUUUUCAUGAGGUGAUGUGCCUUGCGAAAGAGAGAGAUGUCGAUAUGGUGCUCCUUGCGGGGGACCUAUUCCACGAGAAUAAACCGUCCCGAAAGUCCAUGUACCAGGUGAUGCGGUCUCUGCGCAUGAACUGCUUUGGGGAUAAACCUUGCGAGCUGGAGAUGCUCAGCGACGCCAGCGAGAACUUUCAAGGGGCUUUCAAUCAUGUCAACUACGAGGAUCUUGACAUUAACGUAGCCAUACCCGUUUUCUCCAUACAUGGGAACCACGAUGAUCCAUCUGGUGAAGGCCACCUGGCCGCCCUUGAUCUGUUGCAGGUAUCAGGCCUGAUAAAUUACUACGGCCGCACUCCAGAGUCUGAUAAUAUCCAAAUUAAGCCUGUUCUGCUUCAAAAGGGACGUACAAAGCUAGCCUUGUUUGGGAUGAGUAAUGUACGAGACGAGAGGCUAUUUCGCACGUUCAGAGAUGGAAAAGUCAAGUUCUUUCGACCGUCGAUGCAGCAGGAAGACUGGUUCAAUCUUAUGAGCGUGCAUCAGAACCAUCACGCACACACAGAGACCGGUUAUCUACCAGAGACAUUCUUGCCGGAUUUUCUCGACCUGGUUAUCUGGGGCCAUGAGCAUGAGUGUCUGAUAAACCCUCGAUUAAACCCAGAGACAAAUUUCCACGUUAUACAGCCAGGCUCGUCGGUAGCAACGUCCCUUGUCCCUGGUGAAGCCGUACAGAAGCAUGUCACCAUACUAAGCAUAACCGGACGUGAAUUCAAGUCGGAGCCCAUUUUGCUAAAGUCCGUUCGGCCGUUUGUGACCAGAGAAGUUGUUCUGAGUGAAGAAAGAGAGAUGCAAAAGGUUUCCAGAAAGGAAGACACUCGGACUGAAACGACCCGAUUUUUGAUGGGUAUUGUGGAGGAGAUGGUCGAGGAAGCCAGGAAUGAAUGGCUACAACAGCGAGAGAGUGCCGGCGAUGACGACGAUGACGACGAAGUUGAAUUUCCUCUACCGCUUGUUCGGUUGAAAGUCGAAACAUCGAGGCCUGGCGGAGGAAAUUUCGAUUGUGAAAACCCACAGCGUUUCUCGAACAGAUUCGUCGGCAAAGUCGCCAACGUUAACGAUGUUGUACAAUUCCACCGCAAGAAGAAAGGAACAGCCCUUGCGCAUGGCAAAUCUGAUGCACCAGAUGAAUCAGCCGUGUCCCAUCUCGUGGCCCUUGACGCGAUUAAGGUGGAACAGCUAGUUCGAGAGUUCCUUACGGCGCAGUCAUUAACAAUUCUACCUCAAAAUUCGUUCGGAGAUGCCGUUUCCCAAUUUGUCGACAAAGACGACAAGUAUGCUAUGGAAAUGUUUGUCAACGAUUCGCUGGAAAGCCAGAUUAAACAUCUGAUGAACCUGGAUCGUGAUCAGGAUGGAAUUGAUGAGGAUGACUAUGAGCGAGAAGGAAUCAUCCAGGCUGCUAUGGAUAAAUAUCGUGGACAGCUUGAAGAACUAUUUGCUAAAGGCAAGGGUAGGCGAACAGGCGGGAAGAAACGAUUCAAGCCCAAGCCCGAUGGCUGGGAUACGGAAUUCGAUGGAGUAUGGGAGGAUCAACCUGGUGCAUUGAUACAUUCCGACUAUGAAGACGGCCGUAACAAUGAUGACGAAGAGGACGAAGCCCCUGCCAGAGCUACGACUGCAAGUAGAAGACGGGGUGCAUCCAGCGCGGCGUCAACGUCAACUCGUGGUCGAGGCAGGGGCGCCAGUCGAGCAGCAGCCAAAACUACGACAACAACAGCACGAGGAAAAGCAAAGACUGCUGCUGCACCGACCCGAGGAUCUAAAAGAGGUGUCUUUGACGACGAUGAUGAAGAUGACGAUGAAGCUUUCCAACAAACCAUACCCGAUGAUGACGACGAGCCUGUGAUAUUAGAUGAUAUCCCUGAAAAUAUUGACGAUGAUGAAGACCUGUUCGUCCAACAAUCAGCUCCAAAGACUCGAGGUAGAGCAGCGCCAGCUACCACAACAAGUAGAUCAAAAGCAGCAUCUACUCGCAAACCUGCUGCGCGGACAACAGCAGCCAGCAAGAAAGUCCAGGGCACAUUGAACUUUGGCCGGUCUCAGCCUAGCCAGAGCCAAACAUUAGGUGGCACCAAUAUCAGUGUCAGUGGCUCAAGUACAAGGCCUACGCGAGCAGCUGCUACGAGAGCAGCCCGCAGCGUCAGCGUGAUGAGCGAUGGAGUUGAAUAUGAUGAUGACGAAGAUGCGUUUGAGCCAGCGCCUAUUGUCAGUAGUGGGCGCAGCUCAAGGAGAAGAUGA